AUGGCUCCGCCAGCCGAGGCCCAGCCCGGCAAGCUUGGAGCGGAUCACAAGGUGAUCGUCGUGCUCGAUCAUGGCCCGCGAUUCGGCCGGAUGUCCGGAGAGGAGCUCCCCGUGCUCAUCAAGGAUUUGACCGACGGCAAGCAGCGUCAGGCCGCCAAAAUUACAAAGACGAUCUGGACGCUGGCCGUCGAGAGCACGCUCGACAUGCACCGCGUCGUCGGGGACAUUUUCCCGAAUGAUGAUCGUCUGAUGCGAUUCGUACUCUCAGAUGGCGUCGGGCGGUUCCUGACCGCACAUAUGGACAACCGGAACCAUUGGUUCGAGGAGCUGUUGACGAAUAAACAACUCGUCUCCAGCUUUGCCACCGCCGGCAAGCCGUUGGAAAGCGAGGAUUGCACGAUUUUAUGCGGUGCGUUUUUGUGUUUCAUUCAGAAAAGAACA